CACUGUCCACAUCUCCCUACCAAGAUUUAUGAUAAAACAGAGAAACCAUGUCUUCUCUCUGAAUACACCGAGAACUACCCUGUCUAUCACUCCUACCUGCCCAGAGAUUCCUUCAAGCCCAGGCUGCAGUACCAGAAGAGGUCCAUACCAAUGGAAGGCCUGACCACAUCGAGGAAUGAUUUUGGGCCUCACAAAAUAGUACCAGUGAAGGUCCACCAGCAUGACCCGUUCAUCCCAAGUGAAGAGAAUAUGGAUUUGCUCACAACGUAUAAACAAGAUUACAACCCCUACCCUGUCUGUCGAGUGGACCCCAUCCAACCUCGGGACAGUAAAUAUCCAUGUAGUGACAAGAUGGAGUGUCUGCCUACUUAUAAAGCUGACUAUUUACCUUGGAACCAACCAAGACGAGAGCUACUUCGUCCGGAACGUCACUACCGGCCGGCAUCAACCAGGUUUGAUAGUAGAACCACACACCAGGAUGACUACCCCAUAAAGGGCCUUGUGCGCACCAUGAGCUGUAAACCUCCACCCAUGCCAAAGCUCUGUAACAUCCCCUUGGAGGAUCUGACCAACUACAAGAUGAGCUACGUGGCCCACCCUGUGGAGAAGCGCUUUGUGCGUGAGGCAGAGAAGUUCAGGCCCUGUGAAAUCCCCUUUGAGAGCCUCACCACCCACAAAGAGUCCUACCGGGGCUUGAUGGGGGAGCCUGCCAAGAGCUUGAAGCCUUCAGCCAGGCCUGCAGGGCUAGACGCGGCUUUCUGUAACACCACCGAGUUUCGAGAUAAGUACCAAGCUUGGCCAACGCCCCGGGUGUUCUCCAAGCCUCCUGUGGCCUAUGUCCCUCCUGAAGAGAAGAUGGAUCUUCUGACGACUGUGCAGGCCCAUUACACAUACCCUAAGGGUGCCCCGGCACAGUCCUGCCGACCAGUGCUCCCGCUGAAGAAGAGCAGCCGCUUUGAAGGCUCCACCACCACCAGGGACGACUACAAGCAGUGGGCCAGCAUGCGCACGGGGACUGUCAAGCCCGUCCCCCACCUCAGCCUUCCCACCGAGCCCUUGGACUGCCUGACCACCGCUCGGGCCCACUAUGUGCCCCACCCGCCUGUCAGUACCAAAAGCUGUAAGCCGCCCUGGUCGGGCCCUCGAGGAAAUACCCCCGUGGAGGGCCAGACCACCUACACUAUCAGUUUUACUCCCAAGGAAAUGGGCAGGUGCCUCGCUUCAUACCCUGAGCCCCCCGGCUACACCUUUGAGGAGGUAGAUGCUCUUGGACACAGGAUGUACAGGCCGGUUUCCCAGACGGGCGCUCAGCUUUCAGUAGGUGAUUUGGAGAACCCCAACCAGAGGGAGCUGGCAGUGUCAGUCUGA